AUGAGGGUAAAAGUUUUGAGAAACUUUAAAAGCCCUGAUAUGGACCUCUAUGACGGGACUACAGAUCCAAAGCAUCAUUUAAGCAACUUUAAAAGUCGGAUGUACCUGGCCGACACUUCUGAUGCUACUUGCUGUAAAGCUUUCCCGACUACCUUGACGAAAGUAGCGAUGAAGUGGUUCGACAGUCUUCCACCAAGGUCGGUCACUAGCUUCGACGACCUCUUGCGAAAGUUCUUGAUGCGAUUCUCAAUCCAGAAGGACAAGGUAAAGCACGCAUCGAACCUCCUGGUAAUAAAACAAGAGGUCGAAGAACCUUUGAGGGACUAUAUAGAAAGGUUCAACAAGGCGUUCUUGGAGAUUCAAGACCUGCCCACAGAGGCAGUAAUCAUGGGCCUAGUGAAUGGACUCAGGGAAGGUCCCUUCUCCCAGUCCAUACCGAAAAGGCACCCGAUCUCCUUGAGUGAUGUACAGGAAAGAGUUGAGAAGUACAUCAACAUGGAGAAAAAUGCCAGACUAUGA